AACAUAACCUAAUGAUAGGCUGAGGAACACUGCGCCAUCCUCUGCUUGAUGUAGUUAGUCUUUUUGUGUUUCUGUCUGUGUUGUAAAUAGUCCCUCUGAGGUGAGAGUCUCUUCACAUAGAGCUCGUGAUGAAAGCUCUCGGUGUGCGCUCCGCGUUUUACGUGGGCUUUGUGGUAGGCACGUGCACCCUGUACGUGCUCCUGCGUCAGGUUGGAUUCACACGGGACUUGGGGUCUGGUGAGGCCCACGAGAAAAGUCUGCUGGAGAUGGUUGAAGAAGAAAACAAGAACUGGAAGAAGGAGAGGUCGGCUCUCUUCAACCUCAAUCAUCCUCACCAUGCAGGUGAGGAUGGCACACUGGCUGACACUCUCUAUAAGCAUGUACGCAUUUUGUGUUGGGUCAUGACCGGCCCUAAUAACCUUGAGAAGAAAGCUCGGCAUGUGAAAGCCACAUGGAGUCGCCACUGCAACAUUGUGGUCUUCAUAAGCUCUGUGGACGACCCUGAUUUUCCCACGGUCGGCUUAAACACCAAGGAAGGUCGGGAUCAGCUGUACUGGAAAACCAUUCGUGCUUUCCACUAUGUCAUGGACAAGCACGGGGACGAGGCAGACUGGUUUCUCAAAGCGGAUGACGACACUUACGUGAUCGUCGACAACCUGCGCUGGAUUCUGGCCAGCCACUCUCCAGAGGACCCGGUGUAUUUUGGCAGACGGUUUAAGCCAUACGUAAAACAGGGCUACAUGAGUGGUGGCGCAGGUUAUGUGCUAAGCAAAGAGGCCCUGAGGAGGUUUGUGGAAGGCUUUCGUACCAAAGUGUGCACUCACACUAGCUCAGUGGAGGACCUAGCUCUAGGUCAGUGUAUGGAGAAGGUAGGCGUUGUGGCAGGAGACUCCAGAGACACCUUACAAAGAGAGACAUUCCAUCCUUUCGUACCAGAGUCCCAUCUCACUGGCACAGUUUCUAAGACCUUCUGGUAUUGGAACUACUGUUAUUACCCCAUUGUGCAGGGCCCACAGUGUUGCUCAGACCUGGCCGUUUCUUUCCACUAUGUGGAUCCGUCACACAUGUACCUGCUGGAAUACUACACUUACCACUUGCGUGCCUUUGGCUACAAAUACCGCUAUCAGCCCCCUGAACCCAAUGUCAUACAAGACUUUAAUGCCCCAGACAAAGUGGAAACCGGAGACAUAGAGGAAAAGCUGGGGGUAGAUCAACAGGAAGGAGAAAAGAAAUCCCCCGAACUUAAUGAAAAGUUAUAGUAGCUUUUUGCAUAGGAAUUUUU